AUGGGCUUCAAGUCGCGCGCGCUCGUGUCGGCGCUGGGCUCGGCGGCGACGGUGCUGGCGCACGGGCACGUCAGCAAUAUCGUGGUCAACGGGGUCUUCUACCCCGGAUACGACGUGACCAAGUACCCAUGGCAGCCCAACGCGCCCACGGUGGUGGGGUGGUCGGCCACAAACACGGACAACGGCUUCGUCGAGCCCAACAACUUUGGCCACCCGGACAUCAUCUGCCACCGCGGGGCGCAGCCGGCAAAGGGCCACGCGCGCGUGCGGGCGGGCGACAAGAUCCUGCUGCAGUGGGACACUUGGCCCGAGUCGCACAAGGGGCCCGUCCUCGACUACCUGGCGCGGUGCCCGGGGGACUGCGAGACGGUCGACAAGACGGCCCUGCGCUUCUUCAAGAUCGGCGAGGGGUCGUACAUCUCGGGCGCGGCCCCCGGCCACUGGGCGGCCGACGUGCUGCUCGGCAACGGCUUCUCGUGGGUGGUGCAGAUCCCCGAGGACGUGGCGCCGGGCAACUACGUGCUGCGGCACGAGAUCAUUGCGCUGCACGGGUCGCCCAACCCAAACGGCGCGCAGGCCUACCCGCAGUGCUUCAACCUCGAGAUCUCGGGGUCCGGGUCCAGGCAGCCCGCGGGCGUGGCCGGCACGUCGCUGUACCGGGCCGGCGACCCGGGCAUCCACUUCCCGCUGUACAACUCGCCCAUUGUCUACCCCGUGCCGGGCCCGGCGCUCAUCCCCGGGGUGCCGAGCACGGUGGCGCAGGUCAGCACGCGCGCCACGGCCACGAGCUCCCCGUUCCUCCCCGGGGGUGGUGGAGGAGGAGGAGGAGGAGGAGGGGGUGGGAACCCCGGCCCGACAUCGGCGCCGGGCGGCGGCAACGGCGGUGGCGGCGGUGGACAGCAGCCCCCGCAGACAACCACGGCGCCCGGGAACGGCGGCGGUGGCGGUGGCGGUGGUGGUGGUGGCGGAGGUGGACAGACUCGCUGGGGGCAGUGCGGUGGUAGCGGCUGGAACGGACCGACGGCGUGCGCCCAAGGGGCUUGCUCGACUCUCAACCCGUACUAUGCUCAGUGUGUUUGAGCGUGGGCGGCUGUCUUUGCAAUGGCACUGGAGGAAGCCGUGUACCUAGAUACACACGUCAUGGAAAGACAGGCAGACACCGAGGUACCUAUCUAGGUAUACCUAUCUAGGUAUAUGUGAAGGAUCAAACG